AUGUCAAGUGGUAAUAACUAUGGACUAUUAAAUUCUGAUGACAAUGACAAUGACAAUGAUGUAACAUAUCAUUAUGAAUCCAGUUCAGAUGACACCAAUGAUACAUCUAAUAAAAUGAAAAAAAGAAAUAUAGAUAUGAGUACUUUAAAAUCCUCAGUUGCCUAUGCAGAAAAUGAUACAAUUGAUGGUGUUUCUGAAACAUUGUGA